AGCUGAACAACUAGUUUGAUCCAGUUUAGAAGCAUUGCUUUUGGGGCCAAUGCAAAGCAGGCAAUCUCAGUGCUGCUUACUGCCCUAAGAGUGUUGCUUGGCUAAACGAGAGUGCUUUGGAGUUGGGUGAAAAUCAGGAGCUGGUGGAGACAAGGGAGUAUGUGAAGCUGAAAGACUGAACGUGGUAGUCAGUCUCAGUACGAGCAGUUCAUAAAGUGAUAAAUGGAAUCAGCCAAUUGAAUACAUCGGGUAUGGAGGAUCAAAAUGAAGAUGAGUCUCCAAAGAAGAAUACAGUAUGGCAGAUCACUAAUGGACCCCCUUCUAUGAUCGUCUCCAGAAAGCGACCCUCUGGGAACUACGAGAAAGAGAAGGAUUUGUGUAUUAAAUAUUUUGACCAGUGGUCUGAAUCCGAUCAGGUGGAGUUCGUGGAGCACCUCAUAUCCCGGAUGUGCCAUUACCAGCAUGGGCAUAUUAACUCCUAUCUGAAACCCAUGUUGCAACGGGACUUCAUCACUGCUCUGCCAGCCCAAGGAUUGGAUCACAUAGCAGAGAACAUCCUGUCAUACCUGGAUGCCAAGUCACUGUGUGCUGCUGAGGUGGUGUGUAAAGAAUGGCAGCGGGUAAUUGGCGAGGGAAUGCUGUGGAAAAAGCUGAUUGAACGGAUGGUGCGCACGGACCCGUUGUGGCGGGGCCUCGCAGAGAGGAGAGGAUGGGAACAAUAUCUGUUUAAAAAUAGGCCUGCUGAUGGUCCGCCAAAUUCAUUUUACAGAGGGUUAUAUCCAAAGAUAAUCCAGGAUAUAGAGACCAUAGAAUCCAACUGGAGAUGUGGGAGGCACAACCUUCAGAGAAUCCAGUGUCGAUCGGAGAAUAGCAAAGGAGUUUACUGUCUGCAGUACGAUGAUGAGAAGAUAAUUAGCGGUCUCAGAGAUAACUCCAUCAAAAUUUGGGACAAACAGUCGCUGGAGUGUUUGAAGAUACUGACGGGUCACACAGGCUCUGUGCUGUGCCUGCAAUACGAUGAGCAUGUCAUUGUUACUGGGUCUUCAGACUCUACAGUAAGGGUCUGGGAUGUUAAUACAGCAGAGGUCUUGAACACACUAAUUCAUCACAAUGAGGCAGUGUUGCAUCUUCGUUUUAGUAAUGGACUGAUGGUCACAUGUUCAAAGGACAGAUCUAUAGCUGUGUGGGACAUGGCCUCUCCAACUGACAUCACUCUGAGAAGGGUGUUGGUUGGCCAUCGGGCAGCGGUCAAUGUGGUAGACUUUGAUGACAAAUACAUUGUUUCAGCAUCAGGGGACCGAACUAUUAAAGUGUGGAGCACGAGUACUUGUGAAUUUGUGCGUACCUUGAAUGGCCAUAAGCGUGGGAUAGCGUGCCUUCAGUAUCGGGACCGACUGGUUGUCAGUGGUUCCUCCGACAAUACCAUCAGGUUGUGGGACAUAGAAUGUGGUGCCUGUCUGAGGGUUUUAGAAGGCCAUGAGGAAUUAGUGCGAUGCAUUCGAUUUGACAACAAGAGGAUUGUGAGUGGAGCUUACGAUGGCAAAAUAAAAGUAUGGGACUUGCAAGCUGCUCUUGAUCCUCGAGCCCCUGCAAGUACUUUAUGUCUACGCACUUUGGUGGAACACUCUGGCCGGGUAUUUCGACUGCAGUUCGAUGAGUUUCAGAUCAUCAGUAGUUCCCAUGAUGAUACCAUACUGAUCUGGGAUUUCCUGAAUGUGCCAUCAAGUAACCAGAAUGAAACACGCUCACCAUCGAGGACAUACACCUAUGUCUCCAGAUAACGGAAUAUGUGGCCACUACCUGGAGCAGGGGCUGGAAUUACUACUGGAUAGUGGCUGCAUAGAGCCUGAAGAUGACUAUGCUCAAAGAGCCAUUUUUAGUUGUGGUGACCUGGUUUCUGUGGACGUGGACAGAUCGAAGCCAGCAAGCUAUCAGUAUAGUACAUCAUGCCUUCCCCUCUCUCUGUCUCUCUUUACUCUUUUCCCCCUUCUUCCUGUAUUUCCUUUCCUCAGAAGACUCUGAAAUGAGAUUUACAGCAGAACUUGCAUUUAAGGAGCCUGGCCAUCUGCAAUACUCUGGACAGUCUCUGGUUCCCAAAGCUAAGUGUUUCAGAAAUGGAUUCUUCUAAAUGGACAAUGCUGCCACACCUUUGAGAAGGAGGAUUUGGCUCGUUCAAUAUCGCUUUGCACUUUUGCCCCGAGGAAAGGGGAUGAAGAAAUCAUUUGUUGGAAUGUUUGUUACUUUGUUUUGGUGCCAUAUUGUUGUAGGACAACGAGCUGAAUUUCUCAAAGCUUCGAUAUGUAUUAAGAAGCAUCGUUUUGUCGGAAUUCGGGAAGAGGCUUCUCAUUUGGUUGCCUUUCUGUGUCUCAUUCAGAUUACAAAUGGAUGCACAUUCUUGACAAGGAAACAGUGCAUCAAAUGAAUUCCUAAAGUAUAAGCUUUUUGAAAAGGGGGUUUCUUUUUUUACACACACACACACACACACACACACACACGUAUAUAUAUAUAUAUAAUAUAUAUUAUAUAUAUAUUACUAACAGUAAAUAGUGUUAGCUGCUUCUAUACACAGAUUACAUGCAAUUCGAGCUGUGUCGAAUGUAGCUAGUUGUACAUAACAUUGUGUGUUGAUUGUAUAGUAACCUAUUUGAACCUUCUCAUGGGAUUUUUGUUUCCUUUUCGCAAAUGUUCUUGAACUAACGGAGGGCUAUAUUGCACUAACUGUGAAAAGCAUGUAUUUAUGCAUAGGUUGCCGUACCCCUGCCCCUUUCUGAACCAAUGCCGCUACUGUGAUUUAAAGGAAAAUGCAUUUUAUUCCCCGUUCAUUAACAUUAGUACCCUGCUUCUUUCAAAGAUUUCCCCUUUUUUUUUAAAAAGAGCAUGAUGGCCCUGUUGAAAUUUUAAUUUGUGAGUCAACAAAUCAAUUUUGAAUUCAAAAUUAUGUAAUAACCAGUUGUACUUGUUUCUCGCGCUCUUGUGCUCUCUCUUUUUCUGCCUCGCUCUCUCUUUCUCGCUCUGUCUCG